AUGGCUCAGAUCCUGAGCCACGGCACCAUGCUCCUGUUUGCUCUCAGCCUCGAGAAUGAGGAGGGGGAAGGUCGAGCGGCGCCGGUGUAUCAAACGGUCGAAGAGACGGAGCUCAACCCAAAGAGCAAAGAGGCGGGGCUCAACCCAAAGGCCAAGGAGGUGGGGCCUAACCCAAAAGGCAAAGAGGCGGGGUCUAACCCAAAAGCCAUAGAGGCGGGGCCUAACCCAAAGGCCACAGAGCCCAAAGUGAGGGCGAGAGGCAGAAACGGCCCAGAGUCCCGAGGUGACCAAGCGGGCAGAAAGCUGAGGAACGAUGCCACCUGCGCGGGCGUGGGCGGGAUCUGCCAGCGCUCCACCUACCUAUGCCAGGGCAGGUACCUGCCGGACAGGUGCGCCGGACCCAGAACGCGGCAGUGCUGCGUGCCAGGCCCGACUGCCUGGGGCGCCCUGUGCUCCGGCCACCACCGGAACAGAGUGAGGGGGUGCGACGCCUUCGGCUGCGGGACCUUCGGCUCGAAAAGGGGGGGUAGAAUCCACAAGGCGGUGGACGUGGUGUGUGAGGACUACUCAGUCAUCAGGGCCCCCUUCCAGGGCACCCUGGGGGGGCCUGCUCAGUGGCGGGGAAAGGACGGCAUCCAGUAUGACGGAGUUAAACUGUCCAAUUCAGGUAGGCGGUCUCUGUCAGUUCAUGUCAGCGAGCGUCACUCAAAGCCAUUCGCCAAACCCAGGUCUCCAUCCAGCAAGGGCUGGCGUUGA